AUGGGUCCGACUUCGGCGGACGGUGGGUGCGACGAGAUUGGCGGCGACAGUGGCGCCGGAAGUGGCGGCGGGGGACGUGGCUGCUACUACUUUAGUAGUGCUUACGGCGGUUGUAAGGACGCCAUCGCUGCUGCCGCGCCCGCAACUAGCGGGGUUUCCGGCGCCACCGGCGGCUCCGGCUCCGUCGAUCGCAGCUCGUAUGGCUUUUCGGACGGCCUCUGCUCGAUCGGCGGCGGCGGCGGUGGUGGCGGUUGCGGGGGCGGCGGCGGCGGAGGAGGGGGAGAAGGAGGAGGAGGAAAGAAACCCCGCGUGGACUGUGUAAGGAAGCCGCCGCAUUCAGCGGCGCAUUCACCGCCGCAUUCACCGCCGCAUUCGCCGCCGAGUGUCGCGCUGAACCUAAUGGGCGGAGCAGGCGGAGCUGGCUUCUACGGAGAGAGGGAGUCCUCACAGAUUGAGUUCCUCGACGGCGCAAUCAGCGGCGGGCUUCAUGGCGAAAGCGGCGUGGUUACUGCCGGGCCGCCCGGGGCGACGCGCGAUUUUGCAAGCGCGCUCUGGGCCCCCACCCGCCAUGAUCCCAUUCUUAUCUUUGCCUCUUGUCCUCUCUGCAUCGUUUUCGACCCCGAGCGGCCGAAGAAUGACAAGGCGACCAUUCUGGGCGAUGGCUUGGUGGUGCUGCAACAGUUACGGCUCAACGUGUGUCGCCUGCGCUCCGACCAUUCUGCUCUGCUGGACGAGUCCAAGGAGUGCGGUACAGAGCAAUACGGCACGUUGAUUUUUGGGAAUAUGUUCAUUCAUCCCCUCCUCCCCUCCGCCCCUCCUCGCCUCCUACCCUCCUCCGCCCCUCCCCUCUCCUUGUUUGCAUCACCUUUUCCCCUCCAGCUUGCGAUUGAGAGGUCGGUGCUGCGGCAGGAGAAGGCAGCGUUGAAGCUGGAGAUAGAAGCUCGGGUCAGAGAAGUCGGUGUUGCGGCAGGAGAAGGCGGCACUGAAGCUGAACUGAAGGCGGCGAUGAAGCUGGAGAUCGAGACGAUGCAGGCUCAGCUGCAGGAGAGAAUCAAUGUGCCCGUGUGUGUCCCCCGCUCCUCCCCUCCUUUGCAUGACCGUUUGUGCCACCAGCUUGCGAGUGAGAAGUCGGAGUUGCGGCAGGAGAAGGCAGCGUUGAAGCUGGAGAUAGACGCCAUGCAGGUGCAGCUGCAGGAGAGAAUCAACAUGCUCGUGCCCUGGAUGUGCAACACUGAUGCUUCUGCUGCUCAUUGUGCUGGCGAUGCUGCUGCCGGUAGUGUUUCUGGUGCUGCCGGUGCUGCCGGUAGUGUUUCUGCUGCUGCUGGUACUGCCGGUGCUGCCGGUGCUGCCGGUGCUGCCGGUGCUGACGGUGCUGCCGGUCCUGCCGGUGCUGCCGGUGCUGCCGGUGCUGCUGGUGCUGUUCGGGUACCUGCAACCCCCGCCCAGCCUACUUCUGCGUUGCUUCCUCCUGUGCCUCACCCUUCUCUCGCUUCUCCUCCUCCUGCUUCUCUUCCCUCUCUUGCGUCUCCUCCUGCUCCGCUUCCCUCUGCCUCUUAUCCCCCUCUCGUCAUCAGGCGCCUUUGA